AUGCCCGCAUACUGUAGUGCUACUAGAGAGAUCUGGCUAGAGCACCUCUUCGAGCAUGAGGUAGAUGCUCAUGAGCGUGAGGUAGAUGAAGGAGAAUGGCUACGAGGGCAUAUUCGGGUGGAGAACAAGGUCAGCCAGCCGGUGUACACGAUGCUCCAAUACCUCGCCACCUCUUGGACUACGAUGCCUACUACGGACAGAUCGCUAAUAGCAAUCCCUCUACACGUCAGCCCAAAAGAUCUAUGCAUAGCUAGACCCCAGAAUAGCCCGAGGCUCGAGCCAACACAUCAAGUCGGUGGACGAAGCAUGAGUGUCGAUCAACCUUUUUCAAUGAUGUUGACCAGACCGUCGACUUCUGCCUACCAUCAGCAGCCCACUCAUAAGAAGGAUCUGAUUUCGGAAUACGCCGAGCGAGGAGUCCGACUUCUUGGAAGGGGUGCAUUACCGAGGGAUGGACCGGCCGGCACCGUGGUCGACCUCCAGGCCCUGAACAAGCGCCUCGACAAAUUCGCCAAGCUUUUUCAUCCCCGGAAAAGCUCAUCGUUGGAUUCGGCGGGGAUCAGUAUGGCCGAGUCGAAGGAGCCGGACGAUGAGGAGCCGGAAGCAAUUUUCGAGUACGAGAGACCGGCAGGAACUGAAGCUGAAGCUGAGCUCGAGGACCUGGAUGAGGAUUUUCCGGAGGCGGAUAUGCAGAUGCUCGCCAACGCCUUGCCACACAUAGAAAAGCUCGACUUUUCUCAAUUAUCUCCACCUCCGACGGUUGGAAGACGCAUCGUCGCGUCACCGCCCAAGAAGCUAGUGCCGCAACUAAUAGACGAUGGUGAUGACGUGGAAUCAAUUCUGACGCCGCCUUCAACUUCUUUUGAACAAAAGGGCAGCGCGUCGAUGAGAUCGGCGAGGGUCGAUGAUUCUCUACUCUACCGUCGCUCCAAAACUUCCCGUGGCGUCCAGACCGAGAAAAAGACGGAGACGCGAGGCGAGCAGAUUAACAGUAGACCGGAUAGCGGGAUAGAUGGCUCACCAUCUAACCUACCAAAAUACCCAUUCGGAGGAGCUGCCGGAAGCGGACUAGUUGCGGAU